UUUGAAUUGAUCCAUUUAAAUGACAAUGCCGAAAGGGAACUUUGGCUCGUCAAGCCAUCAACUUGGCGGCAGAGAAAGACUUUUGAAAUAUAUAAGCAAGGGAACAGCGCGAGUGGAGCUUAUUCGCAAUCGCCAUGAAGUUCUUACCAGUUCUGGCAGUGAUCGUGCUCUGCAUAGCGGCCGUCCAAGCUGCCACGAGUCGUCCUCAGCUGGUGCGUCUGCACCAGGUGUCUCGGCAGGAGUACAACGAGCUCCUCCGGCUCACCCAGGGCAAGGCGGAGGUAUCGGAGGCUCGACUGCUCAGCAGCUCCAUUGCCGGCAUCAAGGGCUUGGCCUCUGGCUUCGCCGUGGGCAACUUCAUUCCAGCCAUCUUCAGUUCCGGUACCAAGGAUCAGCCCAAGAAGGGCCGUCCCCUGUGCGUGAUCUCCACGAAUGAUCUGGAUCACGAUCAGGAUGAGGAAAGACGCCUGGGUCGUGUGGUGAGCAUUGAGUAUGAACCCAAUACCGAAUCGAGCUCAGGAUCGGGAAGCGGUCAUGGCAGUGGUCAUGGAAGUGGUCAUGGAAGUGAACACGGCAGUGGACACGGCAGCGGACACGGCAGUGGACACGGCAGUGGACACGGAAGCGGACAUGGCAGUGGAAGCGAUGAAGAUGACAAUGAUGAUGUGACCACUGUCAACUGCAUCCUGAUCGUCAACGCUACCGACACCACAACCACGCCCAAGCCAGAUCACGAACAUGGUCAUGGAAAUGGACACGGACACGGUCACGGACACGGACAUGGACAUGAACAAGGACAUGGUCAUGGAAAUGGACCCAAGCCAGGCUCAGGCUACUACCCACCAUCUCCCUACUAUCCCUAUCCUCCCUACUAUGGCUACCCACCUUACUACCCGCACUACCCCCACCCCUACCCACCACCACCACCUACCCCUAAGCCCCACCAUCCCGGUGGAGGCAAGCGGUCUUUCGAUGACGAAGAGGAGGCGAGUCGUCUGAUCGAUGCCUACAACGGAUUGUACUACCAGCCCGAGGGCUUCACUCUGAGGAGUGGAAAGCAGGAGCACUCCGCUUAUCAGCCAGCCAGCUAUCCCAAGCAGGAGUACGCCACCACCUAUCCCAAGGUCAUCCGGAACUAUGGACUGACCCAUCCUGCUCCCGUCUACGUGCGAUCCCCGCAAUAUGAACAGGAAAACUGA